AUGGCUGAUAGUGAAUCAACUAAUGAGGCAGUGGAAAGUGAGAAAGCGUGUGGUAUUGCGUGCCAUCGUGCUCUUCUAGCUGCAGCUAGUCCAUACUUUAAUGCCAUGUUCACACCUGCAAUGAUUGAAUCCAAACAAAGUUGCAUUCGUCUAAAAGGUAUCGAUGAACAUUCUCUUCGUGCUCUUGUCGAUUACAUGUAUACAGGGCAGUUGAUGAUCGAUGAGCAUAACGUUCAAAAUCUACUCACCACUGGUUCUCUUCUUCAGGUUUUGUUUCGUUCUUCAUUGAUCAACGAAUAG